AUGAUAUGUCCGAGGUAAUAUUGCAUAGAAAGACGUGAAACACUUUACUGAAUUAUUAUUAUUAUUAUUCCAGAUAUAUUUUUCAAGAGUAUAAUGUCUUCAAUAUUUUAUACAUUUACAUACUGAAUAUAUAUAAAUAUUAAUUGGAUCGAUUUUUCUUAUACAGUAUUAUUGAAUAACACGUGAAAAAAGGCAUAUACAAACACGUGUAAUCAAUCUCUUAUAAUGUGGAUUCAUAAAAUUAAUCAAUACAUUGAGUUGAUUAUCCUAUAUCAUAUAUUGUGUAUUCUAUUAUUAUCUAUUAAAACUGAUUCAUCUAUAGAUGUAUCACAAUUACAUGAUCAAUCAUAUUCAGAUAUCAUAUGGGCAUAUGAUAUGUCAAGAUCAUAUUUAUGGUCACCAAAAACUCCAUUAAAUGUAUGGCCUGAUUUUAAGCCUAUACAACAAUGUGAUACAUAUGAUUUUAUAAAUUUUCAACCGAAUUUAAAUAAAUUAUCGUUUAUUAGCAAUCAAUUUGAAUGGACAAGUAUAAGUAUAUUCAAUUCAGAACAAAUUAAACGUGGAUAUAUUUUACUCGGUGGAUCAUAUAGACGUCAACAACCAGAUUCAUUAAAAUUGAGUGAUACUGUUUCACCAAGAGAAAAUAGCCAUAUAUUUCUGUGUAGUUUAAAUAUAAAAUCUGAGAAUGAAACACUAUUAGGCUUUGGAUUCAAUGAAAAAGCCUGUAUUCUCUUAAAUCAAACUUCUAAUGAUCAUGAAUUUUUGGGUGCAUCAAGUCAAGCAUUGAAAAUUAAUCAAGAUCUCAGUAUAUUUGUCUAUUGUGAUCCAUUAUGGAGAGCUGGUUCAAAAGUUCCUGUUGGUAGAUGUUUUUCACAUAUUGUACAUAAUGGACAAGUUCAACGAAGUUUAGAGUUAGCUGAUUUCUGUCAAACUGGUAUGCAAGUUGCUACACCAUGUGCAGCUGGUCAAAGUAUUGCUCUAUCAUUAGAUGAAGUUAAUGGGAAGGUGACUAAAUCAAUUACAGAUUUACUUUCAACAGUUAGACUUUGGGUUGGUGAACCAUUGUCAACUCCACAUGGACGUAUACAAAUAUUGACUGAUCUGUAUGGUACAAUGAAAUUGAUCACUAUACCAAGACCAGAGAAUACUGAAAGUAUGGCAAUUGGUUCAUUUUUUGGUUAUGCACUAACUGAAGGCUUUGUCACAGCUCCUGGCCUACUCAAUCGUGAACAAGGCAAUUAUACUAAUCCUAUCCAUCUGGUCGGUAUUCAUUUGGCUAAGUCAACCAGAGAUACAACAAAUGGAUUUUAUGGUAUUGUUGACUGGUUCCCUGAAACUAGUAUGUCUGAUCAAUUCUCUGGAAAUGGUAUGUCUGUUCUAAGAGUACACCUGAAAGGACCUUAUAUCAAGAGUGUUAUCAUGGGUGCACCAUAUGCACGAAAUACUGAAAUGAAGGAGAAUAAAACGGACAGUACUCAGUCAACAGUUUAUAACAGAGGAAGAAUUUAUUUAUUUUGUCAAUCAGAUCAUGGUAUCAGUUUGAAAUCAGAUAUGCAUCAAGUAUCUACAACAUUCGAUUAUUUAGACGGUCCAAAAGGUUCAACAAAUUUUGGCUUUGCUUUAACUAACCUCGGUGACUUCGAUGGAGAUGGUAAUGAUGAUGUGGCAGUCGGUGCACCGGACUUGGAAAACACUACCGGUUUUAGUCAUAUCUAUUUAAUACGUGUAUUAUCAACUUGUCAAUUUGACAGAACACCUUUACACAUAUUAACUAGCCCUCAAGGUGCUUAUGAUUUCGGUGCUCAUCUACCCUCACAUACUUCUGACUUAGAUUUCAACGGUUUAAAUGAUCUUGUUGUGCCAAUAUCCUCGUCUAAGCAGACAUUGAAUCAGGCUGCUGUUGUUGUAUAUGCUACAAGACGUUCUUGGACAGCUGAAUGUCAUUUCACUUUUCCACCAUGGUUAGCAAUUAGAAAUCUCUUAGAAAAUGAUAAAAUCCCUGUACAAAUUAUGAUAUACUUUAAAGAUGCAAAGAAUAAAUUCUCUUUAUCUGAUCAUGCUGAGAUGAAUCUUUUCAAUUCAUCACAAUUCAAUAGAUUUAUUCAUCAAAUCAAUACAGACUGGAAUGCUAGUGAAGUGAAUGAACAACGUUUCACUUUAGCUAGCCCUAUUGAACCACACUUAGAAAUGAAACAGAGUCAACUUGUUAUCGAUUUUGAUAUUCAAGCGAAAAUGAAUGUUGAAGAUAUGCAUGAUUUAGAGUUAGAGACAGGUGGUGUCUUCUUAGGCUAUCGAUUUCUACAACCAUGUUAUGGUGAUCAAAGUGUAAUUGAUCAGAAUGGUACUUGUUUGAAUGGUGGCUGGUUGAAACGUCCACUAAUUGAUUGGUCUAAGUGUAUAGCUAAAAUCCCAUUGGCACGUUAUGUAUGCUAUCCAAGUCCAAUGUGUGAAAGUGAUGUGGCAAUUCGUGUGAAAGACUUAAGAUCUGGACAAAUUAUUGCCUCAGAUUAUAUAAACGAUCGACAAAAGUCCUCUAUUACUCAAAAGAAUAAUUCUAGUGAUAACAGUAAUACUAAUAUCAGUGAUAUUCAAGGUUCUAUACCAAGUACCAGUAUUGAUAUAGAAUACGGGAAUACAAACACUUCUAGACCACAAAUACAAAUUGAGAUCUACAACUAUGGGCCAACUAAAGCACAAGGUACACGUUUGGAGUUACAAUUUCACGGGAAUUUACGAUUCUCACGACUUGAAUUUGAAGUAGACUCUUCAGAAGCUGGCAGUGUUAGUCAUUCAGAACCAUUGAUGGUUGAAGUGUCAGAGAAUGAAACAUGGGUACAUUGUCCUAUUGGAACUUUGUUAGCUCCUGUGAUAAUGUUGGAUACUGGGAGUGAAAUAAUUGAACCUAGUCAACGAUUUAUUCUUUCAACAUAUUAUGAUAAAUUUGUAUCUGAUGAUGAGGUUGACUUUCAACUUGGCGCUGGUGUUACUAUAAAUGUAAUAACUGGGACUCCAGACCCACAACCAAUUAGUAAUUCUGUACGCUUAAACUAUCGUGUUGUUCAUAAACCGAAUAUAAGAAUUUCAUAUGGACCAGGUGGAAUAACAAGUCGAAUGGAUAACCGUUCAACUCCAUUGAAACGUAUUCCAAGUCAACAACAACGUGUCCUUGUCUCUGAAAUCGGUCCAAAAGUUGAGCAUACACUACAGAUUGAAUAUAUGGGACCAUCGAAUAGACUGAAAAAUGUCAGUAUGAGUGUAAUGGUACCAGUUGAAUUAAAUCCUGAGGAUAGAGUUGGCGGCAGUAUACCCCAGUAUAUACUUUAUAUGUUUAAUGAAAUACGUGCACCAUCAUAUGGGAAUAAUGCUCUUGAAUGGAUUGAUGUUCGACCCAAAGUAAUCGCUAUGGGUAGAAAUAGUGAUCAAGAUGUCAGUAAGGUUGGCACUUGUACAAUAGUGAAUAGUGAAAAGGUUAUCAACCCACGUGGUGUUAUUCCAAUGGAUGUAGAAACAUUUUAUUCUCGAAAACGACGUGAUGCUUUAGAGCAAAUUGAUGCUAAUAAUGAAACAAACAAUGAGAAGUAUUCAACAGAAGAAGAUAAUCAAUCUACAUUAUAUGAUGAGAAUAUACAAUCAUCAUUUCCAAAGAUCCCUGUUAUACAAUUUCGACGUUUACAGAAAGAGGUAUUUGAAUGUAAUCGUGUUGGUAAUCGAAUCCAGAAGCCAAUAUGUGCAGAGAUUAUUUGUCAUGUGAAAGAAUUAGUAAAACAUCGUCCAGUACUUAUUAAAGUGACUGGAUGGUUAUGGGCACGUACAUUAUUCGCUAAGCACAUCUCAGAUGUUGAUCUUGUUACAACUGUAUCAAUCAACCAAGGUGAUAUACCAGAUGGUGUACAACCAGCUGAAGAGCCAAUUGGACAUUUUUACCUAUCACAAACAUUUUUCUUUCCACAAAUUCGACCGAAGUUAAUACAUCAAAUUCCAAUUUGGCCAAUUAUUGUUGGUGUUGUAUUAGGCGUCAUAGUUUUAUAUGUUUUGAUUAUUUUAUUAUACUUGUUAGGAUUCUUUCGUCGACGUAAAACUCAACUACGCAAAGCAAUGCUUACCAAAGGCGGUGCUGAAGAGACAUAUAAACGUGAACAAACUGAAUCAUUAUUGGAAGGACAAACAAAACCUCUCCAUAAAGGUUAUACUCAUGAUAGAGUUGACUAUACAAAUUCAACACCAUUGACAUCAACACAAUCACAACCAUCAAUCUAUAGGAAUGAUACAUCAACAGGUAAAAAGUUGAAAAAGAAGCAUAAAAAAGAUUUGAAUAUUUUACAUCCUGGAGAUUUGUCUGGAACCACACCACCAACAAACGGUCGUCAACACCAUCAACAACAGUAUAAAGAACCUGAAGAACAGAAUUUAAUCACAGAUUCUACUUCGUCACAGUGAAAGCCUACCUUUGCUAAUUUAUUGCUUAUCUGUCUGUCUGUCUAUCUCUCGUCUGUCUAUCUCUCGUCUGUCUAUCUGUGUGUGUACGUGCUUGUUAGUAUGAGAGUGUCUAGAAAAUUUCAUUCUCAGCACUUUUUUUAUUGAUUAAAUAGCUUCCUGUAAUGAAUAAGCAAAGUGGUUAAGGCGUGGCUUUAUACAUUAUUAUGCUUUUAUCGAUGGGUGGAGGAGAAAAUAACAGUAUAUACUUAGGUGUUCGUAUUUUCCGAGUUUAUGGUGAUUAGAGUUUUGUGAUAUGAACAUUACCUACAUAAAAGUGUAUUUAUUGCUGCCAUCAUAGAACGUCAGCUUAGAUAUUUAUGCAUAUUGGUGAGAUUAUAUUUCUCGUGUUUUGUUUCUUUCUGUAUUGUUUUUCUUGGCUAACUAUCCUUUCUUUUUUCUCCUCUCUUCUGUGUACACAUUUAAUGAUUAGUUCUAAGCACUAUUAACUUUCUUAGCCAAUCACACCCUCCUGGCCUGCUGAAGUAACAACCUUUUCCAAGUAAAGCUGAUUGAUUAUUUCUUUGUUCCUCCAAUGGCACUUAGAAUUAAUUCUCUCCAUGUUUGUUUGGUCUCUUUCCUUCCUUCCUAUCCUAUAGUACCUCAUAAGAUGAGUGACGGUCCAGGGAGAAACGGGAGGGGGGAGGGUUGCGGGAAUUUAAAAUUGUUAAAGAAAUCUACCUUACUUCGAUAGAUAAUGAGUAGUAAUGUUUGAUGUUAUAUGUUAGCCAUUUUCAUAGAAAGAGGAGAACCACACUUUUCUAGCUAUAAAAUCAACUUUCUCUUCAACUGAAAAUGGUACCAGUCAAUAAUUAUCUCUUGGCAAAUAUUCCCCUUCCUUUUAGUUUCUUUUUAUUCAAUGAACCCAAUGAAUAAAUAAAUUUAUCCAAGCAUCCAAGCCCAUACAUGCAUAUAUUUUGUACGCUUAUAUUGAAUUAUACUUAAAUGAACUUAAAAUUGAGUUGAUUUCAUCAAGUUGAAUAAUCUGCCUAUUUUCUAUUAUAGAAUUGAAAACAAAAUAUUUGCUUAAUUAAGCUUUAUUUUCAUUUAACUUUACCGUCAAGUAUUGCAGGAGAUUCUGUAAUCAUAAUAGUGAAAAUGUAAUAAUUAUGAUAAUAAUUUAUAUAUAGGAAAUGAUAUUUAUUGUUGUGCU